CACUCGUAGUCGACGGCAUUUAUUUUUCCAUUUAUUAUAUUCCAAAAGGGUAGUCGAGCCUCGAUGAGCUUCCAAGCGGCACGUAAAACGGUCAGCGGUGCCGCCGUUGAAGUCGUGUAUAGGUAGUGUUAAACGUGCGCGAAAGGAAAAUCGUCCCGGAACGAGAGUGGGUUUUUUAGUGGGGAACAUUAUCUCGUCUCCGCGCUGACACACAUACCUGACCCGGUUGUUAGCCCGGAACAAGAACGGCGGCCGUGGUAAUUCCACCGGACCCGUCACAGUUUAGUUCCUACCACGAGAGACGAGUUUAAGGCGGUUUUUCAUCCAGCGUGUAGCUUACUAGACGUGUUUCUUCGCCGGAAUAUAGUACCAAAGUUGUUUUUCUAUUGGUCAGYGAAUUAUAUAAAAAUGCGACUAUCAGUCGUAUUCGAAUUGUUGUUGAUCUUUUUGAUCAUAGCUUUUGCGGCCUACGGUAGAGUAGUCCCAGAAAAUAAAGACGUGUGGAAUAUUGGACUAAAUAAUGUUAAAGAUCAUUUAAAAGCAAUGGGUCGAGCUAGACAAGCUACUCCUCAAGCAGCUCCUCCCAAYCGAUACUGUGCUUGUUCCAAUCUUAUGUGUAAUUGUUGCAGAGAUUUUUCAUUGCCAGUAGUUCCCAUUAAAGGGCCAGGUUGCGCAUCAUUGAAAUAUUUGAAAGGUGAUCAGAUGAUGGUGACGAUGAGCUUUGGGGACAGGGUUUUACGAAAUACGACCAUAUCCGGGAAGAAACCAAAACCCGUGUGUAUGUCUCUCCCCGGUGGUAUAUCGAAAUUCUGUGGUCGGGUGUAUGGUAUCUCAAGAGACGGGGAUCAGUUCAAAGCGUGUUUGGGACUUGAGCUUAGAGCUCUCGAUGACGUCGAAGCCGCAUUGAGGGUGUCAUGUUUCCGAUUUGGACCACAAGGGAUGAAAGUUGAACCAGCUCAACCAUUGCCAGCGUCGCAGACAUUACAAGGGGAGGACGAGGACGACGARGACGAUGACGACGACGAGGACGACGACGAUUAUGGACUCGGUGGCAGUGAUGACGAGGAAGAGGAGGAAGACGACGCGGUGGACGAGGACGCCGAAAACGACGUGGAAUCGACCGGUGAUUAUACUGGUUUCAGUGCGCUGAGCACCGAUUUCCUGGACAGCCUGUUCGGUGGUGGCGGGGCCGAGGAAGACGACACAGAGACCAGCGUUAAACCGACGACGGCAAAACCCGUCGCGGUUACGGUAAAAUCAAAAAUAACCGCACCACAACAACUGACAAGCCAACAGGUGACGAGCGAGAAACAAACGAGCGCCGAAUCAGUGACGUCCACCUCGUACACGGUGAGCGUCGUUCAAGAUCCGGUGUCGUCGUCUUCCGAAGUCGUCGCUGAAGUAAGACCGACUGCCGUCACGCCGCUUGACGACAACCCGACCGACCGCGUAGAGACCGUACCCACGCCUGCGACGAACAAGAACAAGGACUACGAGGACGACGACGAUGAGGACGAGGACGAGGACGACGGCGACAUCGUGUCGGACAUCAUCGAAACGGCCGCGAGUGCCGUGGGAAUGUCGGAUUCCGACAAGAACUCUACGGCGGCCACGACAAAGUCAGUCGACAGACUAGCGACCACCGAAGUGGCUGCAGUGUCAGCGGCCGCGAGCACGACGGUCGGUAGCGUGCCGGUCGCCAAGGACUACGACGACGACGACGACGACGACGACGAAGACGGCUACAGCAGACGUUUCAAGCAGCGCAUGCCGGUGGCCAUCGUGCCCAACGACAGGCGAGGCAGGACCCACAGAAGGAUGAGGCUGUCCUCGUCGGAUGACGACGAGUCGACGAUACAUUUCAUGAAGAAAGUGUAGAGGCCACUGCUCACGAAUGGCGUGGAUUACACACGUUUCAUUUAUUGUUAAGUUGUAAAUAAUAUAAUAUACACUAUAUAAUUUAUUAAUUUAUUAUUCGAUGAAAUCAU